AUGAACAAUCCUCAAGCUGCUGUCGUCAAGCCAAAGGCUCAUCCUCCAAUUCCUCCGCGACAGCCAGACGGCACGACACUCCUCCCUCUUGCUCGCAUCAAGAAGAUCAUCAAGGUCGACGACGAGAUUACUCAAUGCUCAGCGCCUGCCACUUUUCUCAUCUCAGUGGCUACAGAGAUGUUUAUUCAGCACCUGGCUGCGGCUGGACAUGCCCAGUCGCGCUUGGAUGGAGCGAAAACGUUGCGGUAUAAGGAUUUGGCGAACGCCGUGGCGAGGAGGGAUGAUCUGGAGUUCUUGUGUGAUAUUAUCCCG